AUGGACGGAGACGAUGAUUACAUGCCUCAGAUGUCGCAAUUGGGCGGCGACUAUGGGGCGAUGGGUGGCGGGGGAAAUCCGUAUGGACACCCGUAUGGCCACAAUCCACAACCAUCCACACAUCAAGGAAUGACCAAUCCGUAUGGAGAACCGAUGAUGCAUCAGAUGAAUCAAAUGCAGACGUUGCACCCGAUUGGUGGUCCUCCAAUGCAACAACAACAACAGCAACAACAACCGCCACCUGCUCCACAGCCACCCGCAAAACAAACGAAACGCUCGAAGAAGAAAGAAGCGGCUGCGGCUGCUGCUGCUGCAGCUGCACAACAGCAAGCACAACAACAAAACCAAAUGGGAAUGGGACAUGGAGGUCCAAAUGAUCCAAUGGCGAGUAUGGCUGCCAUGUCACACAAUCCGAUGCGACAACCCAUUCAACCGAUUCAACAGAUGCCAAUGGAGAUGCAACGACAACAGAUGAUGUAUGGUGCUCAGACGCAGGCGACACCACAGGGUACUUGGGGUGGCCCACAAAGCACCGCUUAUCCACAAGGGCACCCACAACAUCCACAAAGUGCUUACGGACGUGCGCCUGGGUACCCGGCGCAACCGUAUCCUGGAAUCGGCUAUCCCGCACAUCAGACACAGCAACGACCGCCUGGCUAUGGAAUGCCGCCAACGAAUCCGUAUGGAGGCUAUCCACCAAACGCAUAUUCCCAAUAUCCGGCGAUGGGCCGAUACCCGGCGCAACCCAAUCAAAUACCUUCACAAUAUGGAUAUCCCGAUCCAGCUCAUCAAACGCCACAAGCGUAUGCAUCGUAUUCAACGCCGACCUCGAAUGCACAGCAAUCGAUGAAUUCAACGAAUCCACCAACUUCUGAGCACUAUCAACAGCAAAUGCAUCCUUAUGCAAUGCCACAACAUCAUCAAUCGUCAUUUAAUUCACAGAUGAUUGGUCAAAUGCAAAUGGAACUCUCACAACUGCAUCAACGAAUCCAGCAACUCUACCAACAGCAACGGACACCAAUGAUCGAGCAAGAGCUACACAAAUGCGAGCAAAGAAUCGCAUAUUUACAGAGUCAACUCUCCACCAGCACCACCCCAAACCCCUACCACCAUUCUCAGACUUCACAAGCUUCUGCCGGCGGUGCUCCUGGCGCUAAUCCGAUGUCGGGGAUGAUCCCCGGUCAACAACCCCAAAAUCCUGUUUCCGUCACUCAAAGUGGUAGCCAAGUGCAAGUAAACAUCAAGCCAGAUUUCCCAGGGAAAACCUUGAUCUCUGUCUAUCAUCAGAACUAUCCAGAUGGUGGAGGAGCAAGCAAUGGACAAUUCGAACCACCAAAGGACUCAGUCCCACCCGAGCCUGUCCCAUCAAGUCGAUCUCCGCCACAAAUCCAGCAAAUUCAAUCUGUCACAUCACUGCAGCAACCAAAUACGCAAGCACAGAUUGCACCAAUCGCUGCUCCAACAACAGCUCCCUAUCCCCUGCCAACUACUACUCAGCAUCCACCAAACAUGAAUGGACAUACUUCAACUUAUGGACAACAACAUAACCAACUUCUACCUCAACAAGUGGCAAAUGAGAUGAUCAAGAUUGAACAGAUUGAGGCACCGAUAGAAAAACUCAAGGUUGAGCAGACGAUUGAUCGAGAUGCAACACCGCCAAUGAUACAAGGAAGUGAACUAGAUCGAAUAGACGAUCAACAAGAGGACUCAAGAGAUGCACGACAAAGAGAAGAAGAAGAAGAAAUUGAUAGUAUGAUGGAAUAUCCACCGCGAGCACCAUUACCCCAACCACCACCCGAUGAAGAGGAUGAGGGACAAGAAAUCGGAGAUGUCAAUCAUCAGGAGUUGUUGGUGGCUGAGCCGAUUGUUGAGGAACCAGAAGAGCCAAAUGAACCAAAUGAAGCGAGCAAUGUGCAAGAAAAUGGACAUCAAGAGGAAGAAUUGAAUGAAGUGGUCAAAGAUGAGGGAAAAGAUGAAGAGAUUGAGAAAUCGAUUUUACAAGAAGAAAUUCUUGAAGAAGGAAAAGAAUUGGUGUUGGAAGCUGAACAAGAACAAGAACAAGAAGAAGGACAAGAACAGGAACAGGAACAAGAACAAGAACAGGAACAGGAACAGGAACAAGAACAAGAAGUGGUUGAAGAAGAGGUGCAGACGAGCAAGUUAGAAGAAGAUGAAGAGGCUCAGCUACUGGAAGAAGCGGAAGAAGGGAAGAAUGAAGAAGAGAGUGAAGCUGAGACUCAAGCUGAAGUUGAGGAGAAAGUCGAAGAGGAAGAAGAAGACAAAAUAAAAGAAGAGGAUGAGAAAGAAGAAGAGAAAGAGGAAGAAGAAGAUGAGAAAGAAGAAGAGAAAGAGGAAGAAGUGGAAGAGGCAGAAGAGAAAGAAGAAGUGGAAGAGGCAGAAGAGGUAGAAAAAGAACAAACACCCAGUCAACCAGCUACAGAAGAAGCGACAAGGGACACGGAUCAAGCAGAAAGCAAAGAAGGCGAUGAAGAGAAAACAGAGCCGGCAUUGGAUGAACAAGAGGAAGAAGAGGAGGAAGAGAUCAUUCCACAACCAUCAACUUCGAAAGCGGCUAAGCCGAAAGCAACGAAUAAGAAGACGGGCCGAAAAAGCACUAAAAAGAGCAGCUAUGUCGAGUAUUGGGAUGAUGAUGAACCGUAUGAGACAACGACGAGCUCAAAAAAGACGAAAAAAGCCGUAUCGAGUAAGAAAAAAGCGACGAAAAAGGAGAAAUACGUUGAAGAAGAAUUUCCGACCGAAUUUCUCGACAAUGAAAAACGUCGUUCCGGUCGUCGAGGAAAUCAAAAAAGUUAUGCUGAGCCGUCAAUGGAUGAAUUUGAUCAAUUCAUUAUUCCAGAGAGUGAAGGUGGUACGCCAUUGGGUGACGAAGAUGAGGACUCGUUACCGCUUGCUGUUCACAUGCCACUUGUCGUUGAAAAGAUUUUGGCCUUACGAAAUGAAGGUGAAGAGAAUGAGGAAUUUUACGUGAAAUGGAAAGGACGAUCGCAUAUGCAUUGUGAAUGGAAAACACAAAUUCAAUUGGAAGAACUUGAUAAAAGAGUACUGGGAAAACUGAAAAGAUACAAGCAAAAGAGAGCUUCGGGAAUUGAGGAUGAAGAGAUCAAUGAUGAUUUCCUUGUCGUCGACAGAGUGCUGGCAAUGGAUUAUCAAGAUGAUGGCGAUUAUGCUCUAGUCAAGUGGAAAAAUCUUCCUUAUGAUGAAGUCACUUGGGAAACGGUGGAUGUUGUACCAGAAGAGAAAAUCGAACAAUGGACAAAAUGGCAAAAGAUUGAUAAAGCAAAAGCGAAAGAGAAAGCUCGUCCCGAAGUUGGCGGUUGGAAGAAAUUACCAACGGAUAUCGAGUGGAAAAAUGGGAAUUGCUUGAGAGAAUAUCAAUUCGAUGGAGUGAACUGGUUGACGUAUUGCUAUUAUCAUCGACAAAACUGCAUUCUCGCCGAUGAAAUGGGACUCGGGAAAACCGUUCAAACAAUCACUUUUCUGUCAAGGGUUUAUGAGUAUGGUAUCCACGGUCCAUUUCUAAUCGUUGUUCCACUUUCAACCAUUCACAAUUGGGUCAGAGAAUUCGAGACUUGGACUGAUAUGAAUGCGGUAGUCUAUCAUGGGAGCUCAAAUGGUCGACAAAUCAUUGAAAAUAAUGAGAUUUUUUAUUCAAAACCAGACGAAGAAAAGGAUGCAAAGCUUUGGCGACGUAAUCUUGUUAAAUUUGAUGCUUUGAUUACGACUUUUGAAAUGGUUGUGACAGAGGUCGAAUUCUUGAGGAAAAUCAAUUGGAAGGUUUGCAUCAUCGAUGAAGCGCAUCGAUUGAAGAAUCGCAAUUGCAAGCUGUUAACGGGCGGAUUGCUUUCAUUACGAAUGGAUCAUCGAGUACUUUUGACGGGCACACCAUUGCAGAAUAAUGUCGAAGAGCUCUUCUCAUUGCUCAAUUUCCUUCAUCCAGAGCAAUUUGCGAACUCUGAGGCUUUCCUUGAGAAAUUCGGACAGUGCAAAACCGAUGAGCAAGUCACGCAGUUACAGCAAAUUCUUAAACCGAUGAUGUUACGUCGUUUGAAAGAGGACGUUGAAAAAAGCUUGCAACCACGCGAAGAAGUCAUCAUUGAAGUUCAAUUAUCGGAUGCGCAAAAGAAAUACUAUCGAGCGAUUCUUGAGAAGAAUUUCACUCAUUUGUGCAAGGGAGGCAGUGCUCCAUCGCUGAUGAAUGUAAUGAUGGAGUUGAGGAAAUGCUGUAAUCAUCCUUUCUUGAUUCAGGGAGCUGAAGAACAAAUCGUUUCCGAAGUUCGUCUUCUUCAUCCAGAAAUCGAUGAGGACACAGCGCAGAAGAAAGCUUUAGUCGACGCAUCCGGGAAAAUGGUUCUCAUUGAGAAAUUGUUGCCAAAAUUGAAACAAGAUGGACAUCGAGUCCUUCUCUUCUCUCAAAUGGUCAAAGUGCUUGAUUUGAUUGAGGAAUUCGUUACGAAUAUGGGAUAUCUUUACGAAAGAAUUGAUGGAAACGUUCGCGGUGAUUUAAGACAAGCAGCAAUCGAUCGUUUCUCAAGACAAGACUCUGAUCGUUUCCUCUUCUUGUUGUGUACAAGAGCUGGCGGUUUGGGCAUCAAUUUAACCGCCGCUGAUACAGUGAUCAUUUUUGAUUCGGAUUGGAAUCCACAAAAUGAUUUACAAGCUCAAGCAAGAUGUCAUCGAAUUGGUCAAAAGAAAAUGGUGAAAGUCUAUCGGUUGAUCACGGCGAACACUUAUGAAAGGGAAAUGUUUGAUAAGGCAUCUCUGAAGCUCGGCCUUGACAAAGCGGUUCUUCAAUCGACGACAGUAAUGGAGAAAAAGGAACAACUAACGAAGAAAGAAAUCGAGGAAUUGUUGAAGAAAGGAGCCUAUGGAUCGAUAAUGGAUGAAACAAAUGAAGGAAGUAAAUUCAGUGAAGAAGAUAUUGAGACAAUUUUGCAAAGACGAGCCACAACAAUCACGUUAGAAGCCGGCGCAAAAGGAUCGACUUUUUCGAAAGCAAGCUUUGGAUCGAGUAAUAACACUGAUGAAAUUGAUAUUGAUGAUCCGAAUUUUUGGACAAAAUGGGCUGAAAAAGCGAAUGUUGAUUUGGAAAAAGUUCGCGAACGACAAAGCGGAAAACAGUUGAUUGUGAGUGAGCCGAGAAAUCGAAAAAAGCGAUUUGAAGAGGACACGUUAAAAGAGGGUGAUGUUUCGCCGAGUGAUGACAGUGAUGAUGCGUCAAAGAGACGAUUUGAGCGACGAAUGGAAAGACGAAAGAAAAGACGAAGAGAUGAUGAUGAUGAUGAGUAUGUUCGGUAUCGCCCGGAUGAAUUGGCGUUCAACAAAAGCGAUUACUUUAAGGUGGAGAAGUUGAUUGGAUCGUAUGGUUGGGGUCGUUGGAAACUCUUCAAAGAACAAGGUGACAUGGAGGCGACCGAGAUCGACAUCGAGCACUUGUCGAGAACUCUUCUCCUUCACAAUCUACGCGAUUUUCGUGGCGACGAGCGCACAAGAGAAUACGUUUAUGCCGUUAUUGAGCCGAAAGAUGCGCGAAAUUAUAAGCAAGAUUCGAGGAAUAAAUUGACGUCUGGAUGGGCGGCUUUACCCGAAUACAAUCCACCGAAUUUCGUUCUUGACACAUCAUUUCAACGGCAUAUUCAUCGCUACUCGAAUAAAUUGAUUUCUAAAGUCGAAAUCAUGCAUUUCCUCUUUGAAGGAUUGCUAAAAGAAAGGAAACCAGAAGUGGAAGCGGGCAAGAAAGCUGAGGAAAUCGAUUUGGUCUUCUUGCCGCCAGUUGAACCGAUGACUGUCGAUGGAUGGGAUAAUGCUUGUGAUAAAAGUCUCAUCAUUGGCACCUACAAACAUGGCAUGGAAAAUCCGGAUGCGAUGAAAGCUGAUGAGACUUUGUGUUUCAUGGAAAAAGUCGAUGUAAUGCCGACGGGGAAUGAGAUAUUCUUGCGAUUGAAAAGAAUCCAACAACGAACAGCACAAGCCAUUUCAGAAGAGCUGGCCGCUAAACAACCGACAAAAUGGCCGAGAAGCCAGGAAGUGGAAUUCGUGCGUCUAAUCGCUACUUUCCCGAUCAAAGACUGGGAUGUCGACAUCACGGCUGUUGACUGGAGUGCUGUGAGAAAGAGAUCGCCGAUGUUUGACAAGAAAAGCGAUGCCGAUCUACAAGCGCACAUGUUCGCCGUGUUGGCUCAAUGCUUUAAAGCAAAGGGUGCUGCCGCCGAUAUGCCGUCUGCUUUCGCUUCAGCAGCUCCGAUGAGUGACGAUCUUCUAAAUGCAAACACAGCUCAAUCAAUCCUCAAUCGUUUACAAUUGCUGAAGAAGAUCUCAAUGGUUUGCGCGAAUGGGAAGAAUGGAUUGGAUGCGUUUGAUGAGAAGAUUGCUCUUUGUCCCAAAGAAGGACUUCCAUCUGGAUGGAGUGAAGAGCACGAUAAGGAGUUGUUAAUGGUUGCCAACGAGUACGGGAUCAAGGACAUUUCUGUAAAUAUUCUCGGGAAAACUCUCUUUCAAAAAAUCAUCCGCCCAACUGAAUCAAUCCUUUUCAAAAGAGUCAUCGAUCUUUCAUCCACUCUACUCACUGGAAAAUAUUCCCCACAAGAUUCACAAGAAUAUUUAUUGGAUGAGUUACAAGAUGAAAAACAACAACAACAACAACAACAGCAACAGCAACAGCAACAGCAACAACAACAACAACAACCGAGAACUGAUGCCGCGCAACAACAAAUGCAACAAUUGCUAGCUGCACAUUUAUUAGCUUCAGCUACCCCGUCGACGUCGACGAGUCAAAGAAGCUCGAAUUCAAGGAGUAGAAAGAGACCUGCGAAAACGGCACAAGAGACAGUCGCUGAGGCGGUAGUUGAGCAACUCCAAGCGGCAAUGAUCCAGCAAAUGGUGAUGGCUGCCGGGCAAUCCGGAUCCGGAAAAGAUUCAGCUGCUGCACAACAACUCUUGCUUAUAUUAGCCCUUCAACAACAACAAGCACAACAACAGACAACGUCUAGAUCAACGACUACUUCCAGUGCUGCCGCUAAUAGUGAUCAAGCAGCUCAAUUAGCGACAAUGGCUGCAUUGUUGGCUUGCGCGAGUCAAGAAGAUUUAGCGGCUUUGGGAUUGAAUGGACAACAGAAGCAAGCUUUGUUGGGAAUGUUGGCGGCUCAAGCUGGCUCAACUCCAGCAUCAACACCGGCACCAAGCACUCAAACAACCAGACAUUCAACAACGACUCCAUCGACGUCAAAGAACACUACUUCGAAAGCAGCCACCUCAGCUUCGACAUCAGCUACAGCUACAGCUAGAGCCGCGAAUUCUGAAGCUCAAGCAAUGGCUGCUUUAGCUGCAGCUGCUGGACUUUCAGCAACAUCACAGGGAGGAACGAUGACCGAAGCCGAGCUUCUCCUUCAACUACAAGUCGCACAACUAGCCGCCUAUGGAUUAACGAUUCAAGACUAUGUUCUGUUGAGUAAUAUGCCCCCAGAUACAAAAGUCCCUUGUCGACAUCGGACCACUAAUGAGCUUCUACCUAAUGAUCAGCAUCCAACAAUUGCAACGUUGAUUCAGUUCUUGGAGAAGAAUACACAGUACAAGGUGGACCUUCGUGGUGACUCCACUCAGGCAACUCCGCAACGCAGCAAGACAGCCACCCCAGCGCUCUCAACUCCAAAACCAGCCGCAACACCAGUGCCUGCAGCUACGCCAAAGCUUGAGCAAAUGAUCGAUCCUGGCACCUCGCUUGAUCUCACGAAAAAGCCAGGCGAAAUCCCGAAAGGUGUUGUUGUGGAGACGGAGGAGGAGAGGAAGAAGGAGAAGGAGAGGGAGAGGGAGAAGGAGAGGGAGAAGGAGAGGAAGAAGGAGAGAGGCAAAUCACAGACACCGCCUGCUCUAAUGGCUGGUAGUACUGUGGCGACACCGCAACCCGCAGCCACACCAACCCCGUCAGCUACUCCUGUUGCCUCUACUUCGUCUGCAAAUGCUCUUGCGCAACAACAAGCAUUGGCUGCCUUGGCAUCAGCCUCAUCUCUCUCUACUCCAGCCUCGUCAAGCAAUGCCAACGUUCAACAGCAAGCAAUGUUAUUAGCAAUGAUGCAAGCUGCGCAAAUCCCAACCCAGACAAGCACUUCAUCAGCCGCCAAGUUGCAACAAGCGCAAAUGGAAGCGCUACAGAUGCAAUCACUCUUGCAACAAGCUUUCAUGCUACAAGCAGCACAGGCCUCGUAUUCAAUGUCGAGUUUAAACGCGAGCACCUCAACAAAACAAUCGCUUGAAGAACAGCAAACGGCUGCCUUAUAUCAGAGUCUCGCCUUGAUGGGAAUGGGUGGUGUGGUGAAUGGAGCGCAGAACUCGUCCGCUGCUGCAAAUGCAGCUGUCACUCAACAACUCGCCGCUCUGAUGGCUGAUCCAACGGCUUUAGCCGCUUUCGCUGCCGUUCAACAACAGCAAGCCCCAACCUCCAGUAAGCGGAGAAAGGAA